CAGAGAUUGAUUUGCAUCUUUUACCUUUUCUUUCUUCUCUCUCUUUCAAACCAAACCAAACAAAGCGAGAGAGAAAGAACAAAUGCUUAUUAAACCCUAACAUUCAUUCAUUGUUCAUACAUACAUACAUACAUAUAUAUAUAUAUAUAUAUAUAUAUAUAUAAGUCGCUCUCGGCUAUGGCGUUUCACCGGCGGCGCAACCACUACUCGCACCGCUUUCGCUACGUCCUUCCGGUUAUCUCCGUCGUCUCCGGCACUCUUCUUGUCCUUCUCGCCAUUCUCUCUUUCCUCACUCCUUAUCCUAUCGAUUCUGAUAACCUCCGCCACCGCGUUCACCGCCAACGUUCUUCGUAUAAUGUUGGCGUGGACGAUGCGAUUGGACCUACGGUGUUCCGAGUUCCGAGCAAUGGAAGGAAAUUGGAUCGCGAUCUUUGGACUUCUAGGAAUUCCAAGUACUUUCAUGGAUGUAGCAAUGCUAGCAACAAAUUUCUGAAAUCUGAAGCUAUUAUGCAUCCUAAUAGAUACUUGGCAAUUGCAACCAGUGGAGGCUUAAACCAACAAAGAACUGGGAUUACAGAUGCUGUUGUCGCUGCACGUAUAUUGAAUGCCACUCUUGUUGUUCCAAAGUUGGACCAGAAGUCUUUUUGGAAAGAUGCUAGCAACUUUUCUCAAAUCUUUGAUGUCAAUUGGUUUAUAUCAUUUCUGGCAAAUGAUGUUAAAAUCGUGAAGGAGCUGCCGAGAAAAGGAGGGAAAACAUGGACCCCAUAUACCAUGCGUGUUCCAAGGAAAUGCAGUGAGAGAUGUUAUAAUAAUCGUGUUUUACCUGUUCUUUUGAAAAGGCAUGCUGUUCAGCUUACCAAGUUUGAUUAUAGACUUGCAAACCGGUUGGACACUGAUUUGCAAAAGUUGAGAUGUAGGGUUAACUACCAUGCUUUAAAGUUUACUGAUCCAAUAAGGAAAAUGGGUGAAAAACUAGUACAUCGGAUGAGGAUGAAAAGCAACCAUUAUAUUGCAUUACACCUGAGGUUUGAGCCUGAUAUGCUUGCAUUCUCUGGUUGCUAUUAUGGUGGAGGUGAUAAGGAGAGAAAAGAGUUGGGUGCAUUACGAAGGAGGUGGAAAACUUUACAUACAAGCAAUUCUGACAAGGAAAGGAGGCACGGUAAAUGCCCACUCACCCCUGAAGAAGUUGGUCUGAUGCUGAGAGCAUUGGGUUAUGGCAGUGAUGUUCAUAUUUAUGUGGCAUCUGGAGAUGUAUAUGGAGGAGAGGAGACAUUGGCACCGCUAAAAGCAUUGUUCCCUAACUUCUAUUCCAAAGAGACAAUAGCCUCCAAGGAGGAGUUAGAAUCAUUUUCUUCAUUUUCUUCUCGUAUGGCUGCUCUUGAUUUUAUAGUUUGUGACAAAAGCGAUGUCUUUGUUACUAACAACAACGGUAAUAUGGCCAAAAUAUUGGCUGGACGAAGGAGAUAUUUUGGGCAUAAACCAACCAUUCGUCCCAAUGCUAAAAAACUUUACCGAUUGUUCUUGAGCAAAGAAAACACGACAUGGGAAGCAUUUGCCUCUAAAGUUCGUACUUACCAGAGAGGCUUUAUAGGAGAGCCGAAUGAGGUGAGGCCUGGCAGGGGUGAGUUUCACGAAAACCCAUCCACCUGCAUAUGUGAAGAUUCCGUGGCCAAAGAAAAAAGAGAUUCCGGACCUAGAAAAUAUGGUAAGGCAGACAAUGCAACAAGGAAAGAGGAAGUGUUUGACGACCAAAAUGUGGAUGAUGAACCAGAUUGGCCUGAGUCUGAGGAUGAUGAUGAUCAAAGUGGGCUUCAAGAGAAAGGCAUUCUUGAUGGAAUAGGUUUGGACAAUGAUGGAGUCACCUCUGAGGAACCUGAAUUAGAGGAUAUGCUGUCAGACUAAAGAAAACCACCUGGUCCUGGGCCAAGAGUUUGCGGCUGCAGUUUUCCAAAAUGUAUUACCAUGCGUCCACCGUCUUGUAUAUAACACCAGAAGAGAAAUUUGUUAGUGUCCAUUUAACCUGGGGCGCUUGUGAAAGCAAAGACAUGACAUUGACAAACAUCCUAGUCGUCCGCGAGGUAUGCGCUGGUCUGUAGUUUGUAGUUGAAGAGCGAAGAGCUAAAAAUAAUGUUGAGCGUUCAAUCUUUGCGGCGAACCAAAGGGUAUGAGGUUAAUCACAGAAUGAGGUAAUGGAAUCAACUUUUGCAUAGAAAAGCAGCUUCUAAUCAAUUACAAGCAGCUUCCCACAAGUUGAAUUUGUGUUCUCCCUUUUUCCUUUACAUUAGUUUAGAAUUUAUUUCAUGGGAAAUGAUGAGCGUCCGUGGCGUAUAAUUAGGUUAGAAGAUUCCUUUGUAAUGGUUUUGGUUCUUUUGUAUUUUUAUAUUUUAAAUUGGUUGUGCAUUGAAAACUCUUUUCAAUCCUGAGCU